AUGGGGAGAAUUAAGAAGGUGGCAAGCCAGAAGCAUGAGGCUACCGUUUCUCCUUACUUGAAAUGGUUCAUCGCUCGCGCGACAACGUGUCCCAUUGCAGAGCUUCCUGCGCACUUGAAAAACUUCCCGCGGCUAUGGCCAUUUCCACGUGGUGACCUCUAUCAUUGGAUCAAUGCGCUCGAUCGAUUUGAUGAAAUACUCGCUUCGGUGAUCGACAAAUACCUUUUGAACAUUGGUCCGCAAACUUUGCCUUUUGGGCGAAGUGUUUUGGAAGAUUCAUAUGGAACCGAAUCGCCCAAUCCUUCCAAGGAAGACGUCAACGAGAAGCUGACUUCCUUGCACCAAUAUGGACCUGAUGGAGACCGACAGCUAGUGGAGGCUAUUCUGGACUUCUCACGUCUUCUGCUUGAGAAAUGUGGUAAUCGAAGCCUCUACAGCAGCAGUGAAAGGCUGGGCGAUUUGCUCAACACGACUUCUCUUUCCCUGCUCCAAUCGACACUGCGCUUGUCACUUUGCCUGGCUCAACGAUAUCACUCCCGCCAGCGCGGAACGCAUCAGCAGAGUCUGUUGGCGACCCAUUACAACAUCGACUUGGAAAAGUUGCAAAAGAUUGCCGCGCCGUUCACCCGCCCAUCUGCUGUGAGUAGGACGCCAUUUGCGGUAUCGCCUGCCGUUUCUGGCAAGGGAGUUGAAAGCACCGUCCAGACCAAGCUAAAUGCGAAUGAUUUUGCCUCGUUGGUUCGGGAUGAGGAUGGCUGGGAAGAAUGGGGACACGUGCGUGUUCUUUACUAUCCCUCAGGAAGUUCCGAGCGGACUCGAACAUCCUCUGAUUUUGGGCAAUCUGACCCAGCUCCUCAUGCGCCUACCACACCGACACCACUUCGACGUAGCGCAACACACCCGACUCCCCGUCUGAGCCGUGGAUCCAAUGUUGAAGAUUCACCAGCAGUUCCGACUCCUGGUACUGCUGCAAAGCCCGAAGAAUCGUCCCGCACCGGUCAAGUGCUGGAGCUUCCGCUUUCUCAGCUGUCCACAAGUAAGAUUGAGGACAUCCUGGCGGUCAAUCUUCCCCACUUGCCCUUGGAAUCCAAAUACGAGCUUUUGCACAAAGUCCGUGUGGCGCAAGCUUUGCCCAGGUCGCGUGAAGCGCGUGAGCAGAUCCUCGCGAUUCGGAUACUAGCCGUGACGAAUCUCGCCUAUGUCCAGACGGAAUCUACAUUUCCACAAAAAGUCCUUCAGUAUGACAUGGAGCAACCCAAACGUCUGCAACUGACCUACCAACUAGCCGAGAUUGUUCACCUCGGCGCCAGUGGCGACCUUGUGGUCUCGAGAACGACACAGGCCCUGGCUUUGCAAGCCCUGGAUGCGCUCACGAAACACAAGACUCGCGCAAACGACGUGUGCGCUGCUCUCAGUGUCAAUGUCAACCAUGGCGUGCUCAUGUUUUUGACUCGUAAGUUUGUCAAUGAGCUGGCAGCCGAAGAUGAUCAUACCAAUGAUUCGGCCCAUGACGAGUGGCGAGAUGCACUACUUGCCCUGCUGCGAACGUUGCCAAGCUCAAGUUCUCGAACCCCAGAAACGCUUGUAGCUGCUGGUUUGAUUCCCAUGUUCGUGGACAUUCUUAACCUUCGAACAGAGAAGGCUCGCCGAGUCUACUCGCGAGUUAUGGAGUUCCUCGAUACGUUUGUCCACGCUGUGCGAGAUGCUUUGGGUACACUGACAACGGCAAAGGGCUUUGACGCUAUCUCUGACCUGAUUGACUAUGAGACCAAGACUGCAUUCGAGAACGUCUUUAGUGGUGAGGGGUUUCCUAGCCUCUUCAAGAACCCAUCCAUUGAUUACCAUAUCCCCUACUUUCAACAGCAGACUUUACGAUGGAUGUUCCGCUUUGUCAAUCACAUCAUGCAGCACAACGGCGGAGGUUUCGAUCGCGUGUUGCGCAAUCUCAUCGAUUCUCCCCAGCUGCUCACUUCCCUGCGGUUGGUCUUUGAGAACGCUCGUAUUUUUGGCUCGCACGUCUGGAGCAAUGCUGUCAAUAUUUUGAGUAGCUUCAUCCACAACGAGCCAACAAGCUAUGCAGUCAUCGCCGAGGCUGGUCUCAGUCGAAGCCUCCUCAGCGCUGUCAUGGGUCGAGAGCUUCAGGCUAAGGAAAAGCCGCCAGUGGUGGAGCCUCAGCCUGAACCCGCACAGGAAGGAGAAACUUCCGAGCAGGCGCCCUCUCAUCCGCCUUCUACCCCUGUCGAAGAGAAGAAGAAGGGCCGUGAGUACGUUCUCGCUAGGGCGAAGGAUAGUCCUCUUGCCCCAGGAAUCAUUGCAGCGGCCGACGCUCUCGCUUGCAUUCCUUCCGCUUUUGGUGCAAUCUGUUUGAACGCCUCAGGACUGGAUCUCUUUCAAUCCUCCGAUGCCCUGGAGAGUUUCUUUGAGAUUUUUGAGAGCCCGGAGCAUGUCAAAUGCUUAAAGGAUGAUCCCAACCUGGUUCGUUCGUUGGGUACUACUUUCGAUGAGCUUGUUCGCCAUCAUCCCGAGCUCAAGACCUCGAUUAUGACUGCCGUGCUCGUCAUGGUCGCGCGCGUUAAUCUGCUUGCUAAGGUGAAAGCCUGGGAACUGGGCCUGGGCGCAAAGCUUUGGCAAGAGGACGUGAACGGCCAAGUGUUUCUCUCUGGCGACGUAUCUUCCCUUUCUCGCGAGAUCGGCGCUCCUGGGGAUGCAUCUGUUGAAGAUGGGCAAGCGAUUGGCGUGCCUCAGCUGAAUGCCCAGUCUCUUCCCAACGGAGGAAGUCUUGUUCUUGGGGAUGUGAAGGCUCUCUUGCCAUCGCCCGAGUCGAACGGUGAGCCCAAAGAUAAAGACGAACACGGUCUCACCGUCACGGACUAUCUGUUCCCUGCAAUCCGUUUCCUUGGUGCAUUCUUUGAGAACCAGCCUAAUUGCUCAGCCUUCGUCCUUGCCGGAGGUGCUGAAUUCAUUCUGGACUACGCUACUUUGCAAAGCUUAUCCUUUGAUUUCCAUAAUACCGAUGCCAAUCAAGAGCUUACUGUUCUCGUGCACAUGCUUGCUGAAACGAAGCCGCACCUUAUCAUCCCGUCGCUACUGCAUCGCGCUCAAUCAGUGAUCAACAAUUUGGACGCUUUCUGGACUGCUCCCAAGGAAUCUGGCUUCUUUACACCUCUUAUCAAGCCCACCGAUUCUAAGGCGCCGGCGCCCGAGCCCACUCCCGCUGUCAACAACGGCACGUUCUAUGUCAAGCAUCUGAAUGCGAUCCUGAUUCUCACGGAUUUGCUUCGUGAAAUUUACGCUAUGCCUCUGUACCAGACGCGAUCGGCCACCCAGUCGUACCCCUUCAGCCAGGUGGUCCUCGCCGACAUGUAUGCUGCGCUUGUCACAUCACUCGGAAAUCUUCACGCUGCGUGUGUCUGGGAAGAAAUCAUGCUCGAGAAGAAUGUUCCUGAGAAGUGGCUGCAAGCUAUCAAGAACACUUCCGAAAAACCUGGUUCAGUACCCGGAUCCGCUGCUGGGGCGGCAACGACCUCGGAGCCUCGAGCCAGUGUCGCCACUCAGGAAGCUGGCCCGGCGGCGGCUGAAGCUUUGCAGACUGCAUCUGCCGAAGAGCCCGAGAGUGAAGAGAGCAAGGUCGCAACGCAACGGAGCGCAGCUUUCAAGAACGUCCAGACCUUACGCUACCUUCUGAGCUCGUUGCCCACCUCCAUCACUGGCUUCUUCCAUAAUCUCGGACUUGGGCUCAUUACACGCAAGCGCAUGGACUCUCACCCUACGGCAAAGCAGAAUGCCAAUAUGGUCGCCGAUGCUAUCGCUGAUGCCGUCCUUCGUCAGCUCCAGUUCGGCCCCGCCAAUUCUUGCGAUAGUUCUCGGCAUCGAUUUGCCUACCUUAUUGUCAUUCUUUCCUCUUUCUCUCAUCUUCUAUACGAGGUGACCACCGACCGUCCUGCCAACAACUAUCUCACCCUGGUGCUCCUCGCCUUCAAGCGUAACAAUGGAUUGAAAGUUCUGAAAGAGAUUUGCGACGUUUUCAUGCGCGAGGUCAAGGCUUUGCAGCCGAUUCAGAAGCAGGUCGAAAAGCCCGAUAAAGAUACAUCUGACCGGCUCACCUCUGCUUACGGCGGCAUUAAAAUCAUUUUGGCACUGUUCUCUGAGCUUGCUUCAGGCAAGAGCAUGAUGGACUCUAACCAGACGCAAGCACUUUCCAGUAGCCACGACCGUGACCGUGAUCGCUCUGAGCAUUUUCAGGCUGGUCAGUUCAUUGUCGAUCUGCGCAUGGAAAUCCUUCCCAUGGUCCGAGAAAUGUGGAAUUCGGAGUUUGCAACGCAGUCUUCCAGCCAGAUCGUCAAGUGCUUGAUUGAUAUCCUGCGGUCUUCGCUGAACGAAGAGCAUGAAGUGGGAGCUGCCCAUAGAUCUGAUAAGGCACCCGCCGUGUCGGAAGUUCUUAAGAAACCAUUUGUUAUCAACAAAGAAAGACUCGCCAUUUUGGCCGGCAAGGGCUUCGAAGACACCGAGUUGAUCCAUGAGGCGCUGUAUCGCUGCAACAACAACGCAAAUUAUGCCGAGGAGUACUGCAAUGCACGCAACUUCCUUCGUCCACCUCCCAGGGCUCCUCCUGGAGCUGAUGACGUUCAGACUGGGUCGCCCGAAGUAGCCUCCGGUGGCGAUGCCAAUGAGGAUGGUGGCCACGGUGAAGCGUCUCCCCUCAAUCGCGGCAUCUUGGAGCAAGGAGGGCUUGCCAUGCUUCUGGCCCAGGCGGGACGCGGGAUACACGACACUCCAGCCGAAGGAGAAUCCGGCGCCAUGCGUGAUGGCUUAGCUCGCGCGAUUUCCAAUGUCUUGAACGAUGAAGCGGGCAUGCUUCGUGGCGAAGAUGGGCCUCUCUUCUUGACUGAGCGUGAGCGCGAGCGUCAGCGUCAACGCCGUCGUCCUCAAGCAAGCGCCGAGUCUGCGGAUCAAACGCCUCCGAUGACUGGUCAGCCUCAGCGGGAACCCCAGCAGGACGAAUCAAUCGAAAGACGUCAGCUCAUUACUGUCGAGGACCUGGAUGAGGAAAGGGAAAAGGUUCGGUCCAACUUAAUCGAGCGGUCCCUCGAUGUCCUGAACGAUCAUCAUGAUGUGUCCUUCGAGCUCGCCGACUUGAUCGGCGCUGCGCUCAAGAAUCAGGCAGAGCUCGACAGCUCCCGACGAGAUGUUGGUGAAACGCUAGUGCAGUCUCUCGUAUCUCUUCAAAUGGAGAACUUCCAGACCGCUGGUAAGAAGGUGGCCGCUUAUGCACACAUUCUUGCGCUGGUUCUUCAGGAUCCCAAAAUGUACGCCGCCACAGUGCCGGAGCUGAAGGAUUGCUUCACUACAUUCCUUGGUUUCAUCAAGCUGCCCCCAGCAGAGAAAUCCGCACCCGAAUCCUUCCCUUGGAUUGGCCACGUUCUGCUCAUUCUUGAGAAGUUGUUGUCCGAUGAUUGUCAGCCCCCGCAUAUCCUUUGGCAACCCCCCAGCAUGGAUGAUCCUUAUCGGAACACAAGUGGACCAGCACAUCUUGCGGAGCCGCUUGUAUCACUUGACCAGCGGACGCAGCUCUUCGAGGCUAUCGUUGAGAUUCUCCCCCGCAUCGGCAAGGACGACAGUCUUGCACUAUCCGUGUGCCGAAUUCUGGUCAUCUUGACUCGCCAUCGCAGUAUCGCCGUUCGCUUCGCCCCCAAGCGAAACUUGCAGCGUCUGUUCCUUAUGAUCAAGCAAUUGGCCAAUGCGACCAACGAAAAGCUACAGAGUGCGUUCAUGUUAAUCCUGAGGCACAUUGUCGAGGAUGAAGCUACAAUUCGACACAUCAUGACCACGGAGAUUGUCGGCAAUUUCGAAAGCAAACCCUCUCGUCAGAUUGACGCCGCAGGCUACGUCCGGCAGAUGUCCCACCUCGUGAUCAGAAACCCGGAAAUUUUUGUCGAGGUGUCCAACGAGAAGCUGCGUCUAGCUCGAUACGACCCCACCCAUCGUACACAUGCCCUUGCUCUUAAAGAGGAUCGUAACGCUCGCCAGAGUCAAGAUGCACAAACAGCCAAUACCGAGCCAUCUACUGGCGAGACUGCGACUGAGACUGAGGAUAAGGAAAAGGAGAAGGACAAGGACAAGGUGACGGAAAUGAAGCCUCCCGUCGUUGAGCAUCCUGAUGGUGUCAUUCAUUAUCUACUUUCUGAGCUGCUCUCAUACAAGGAUGUGGAUGAUAAGGAGCUACCGGCUGUCGAGCCUUCCGAAACCCCCGCCCGGGAACAAGCAGAGCCCCAAGCAGAUGUCGAGAUGUCCAUGGACGAGCCCACACCAUCAGUAACUAGUAGUGCUGAUGCUCCUACUGCACGCCCCAUAAAGAAAGGGGAGAAACCAUCCUUUGAUGCGGAACAUCACCCUAUCUACAUAUAUCGAUGCUUCCUUCUUCAGUGUCUUACAGAGUUGCUGGGCUCCUACACUCGCGCGAAAGUCGAAUUUAUCAAUUUUUCACGCAAGGCUGAUCCAUUGGCAAGCACGCCUUCCAAGCCUCGGUCAGGUAUCUUGAACUAUAUGCUCAAUGCUCUGGUUCCUCUCGGUACCAUGGAGCAUGAUGAAUCGCUCGCUUUUAAGAAACGCAGUAUCACAUCCACGUGGACCAUGCAGGCCCUUGUGGCACUCUGCACGAAGACAUACGAAACGCCUGGCUCAAGACGCCGCAAUGAGCCAAAACCGAAUGAGGAUGACGAGCCAGAAGUCGCUUUUGUUCGUCGAUUUGUCCUCGAACAUGCAUUGCGGUCUUUCAAGGAAGCGAAUGCCUCGACAGAGCCACUUGACUCAAAGUACGCGAAGUUGAUGUCGCUGGCUGACCUCUUUGAUAAAAUGCUCAGCGGCUACUCUUUCUCACAGGACGCCGGCUUCCCGAACUCGGCCAGGCAGAUUGCCAAAGCCAUGUUCGAAAAACACUUCAUUCCUGCCUUGACCGCUUCGGUCGCUGAAAUCGACUUGAACUUCCCCUCUUCUAAGCGAGUCAUCAAGUAUAUCCUCCGCCCGAUCAAUAAGCUGACACAAACCGCCGUCAUGCUCAGUGACAAUGGAGAAAUUACCGCGUCCACGUCUGGCGAGGAGGAUGACGAAAUCUCAUCUGCCACCUCUGUCUCUGAUAUGGAGGACGAACGGGAAGAAACUCCCGAUCUUUUCCGUCAUUCCACACUCGGAAUGCUCGAACCUCGUCAUGAGGAAGAGACCUCCUCGGAAGAGUCCGAGCGGGAGGAUGAUGAGAUGUACGAGGACGAGUAUGACGAGUAUGACGAUGAGAUGGACUAUGAUGAAGAAGGUCCCGAGGAUGACGGUGAAGUAGUCAGCGAUGAGGACGACGAAGUGGACGGUGUCGGUCCAAUCGAAGGUCUCCCAGGUGACGCCGUCGAAGUUAUCAUUGACGAUGACGACGACGAGGAUGAUGAUGAGGAUGACGAAGACGACGAAGAUCUGGACGAUGACUCGGACAUGGAGGAAGAUGAUGAUGACAUCUACGCCGGUGAAAUCACAGGUGAUCGUGACAAUGAGAGUUUGCAUGAUGGCGAAGAGAAUGAGUGGGAGAGCGAGGAGAUCACCGACGAUGAAGAGGAGACCGAAAUGAUGAACCAGUUCGAGGAUGAACUGGCCGAUAUGCGUCAAGCCAAUCGUUCCGGCGAUGCGCAAAGCCGCAUUGACGAGAUCUUCCGCGCUCUCAAUCAAGCUACUGGUGAUGAUGACCUUCAUGAUCAUGGUCUUGGUGGCGAUCUUCAUGAUGAAAUCCUUGAUGAUAUGGAGGAGGAUGGCGAGGAAGACGAGAUGGACGAGCUGGAAGACGAAGCCGAUGACUAUGACGAGUAUGACAUAGAAGGAUCUGAAGGUGACAUGGAAGAGGAACACCAUGUUAUGGAUCCCUGGGGCUGGGAUGGUGAUGAACUCAUGCCAGCCCGCCAUCACCACCACCGUAUGCGUGGAGGCCCACCUUCCGCUUGGGCUCCAGUCACCGAGAUCAUGCCCAGUCGUCACGGGGGCCUUGUUCCCAUCACCCCAUUCCACCGUGUGCACCGGAAUCAAGUGGGCGGUCGUGGAAAUGACGAUGGCACGAACCCACUCCUCCUCCGAAACGAUCGUGGCACUGACAGCAGCGCCCAUCCUCGUGGACCAGGAGCUGAUAUGUUUGCCGACUGGGCCCAACUCGAAAGCGGAAGUGGUAGUCGUUUCGUUCAUGUGGACAGCCCAAUGAGCUUUAUGAAUGCUAUCAUGGCUGCCAUUGGCGGCGGCCCACAAACACCGGGUCUGGGGGUCAUCACCCGUCCUGAUGGUAUUCACGUCCAUGUCGAUCGUCGCUCAAUUCUUCCCAAUCGAUUGAACGAUCUCUUUGCCAAUGUUCAGCAGCAAACCUCGCAAUCUCGCCGCAACGACCCACACAACGCUGUCAAGUUCAACUUGUCCACUACGCGCCAUCGCUGGCAGGAAGAAGCGCGCAUUCUCUUCAGCGGAGCGUUCGCUGAAAAGUCUGUGCGGGUCGUCCCUUCCUUGCUCAAGGUCAUGGUCCCUCCCGCCAUGGAGGAAGAGAAAUUGCGCCGCAAGCACUUGGAGGAAGAGAGGAAGCGCAUUGAGCAAAAACGCGCAGAAAAGGAACGUCAGGAGCAGGCGGCGCGCGAAGAAGAGGAGCGUGAACGGAAGCGUAAGGAAGAAGAAGAAAAAGCGCGACUGCAGGCUGAAAGAGAUCAGCAAGAAGCAGAGCGUGAUACCACUGAGAACGCUGAGCCAAUGGAAGACAUUCAGCAGACUACUGCUACCGAAGCUGCUACUGCGCAACCCGAACCAGUUUCCACUGAGCCAGCUCGGCGUGUUCACACGACAAUUAACGGCCGUCAGCUUGACAUCACUGGCCUAGAAAUUGAUCCAGAGUAUCUCGAGGCACUACCCGAGGAUCUGAGGGAGGAAGUGAUCAUGCAGCAACUUGCCGAGCAGCGAUCCCAGGCUGCUGCUGCUGGCGAAGAUACAACUGAGAUCAACCAGGAGUUCCUUGAAGCCCUGCCAGCGGAGAUUCGCCAAGAGUUGUUGCAGCAAGAAGCCGCUGAUCGGCGCCGGCGAGAACGAGACACUGCUCGCCGACAAGCUGCUCCCAGCGCUGCCAUACCGCGCGCCGAGGAUAUGGAUGCUGCCAGUUUUCUAGCCACAUUGGAUCCAUCCUUGCGUCAGGCCGUCCUAGCUGAUCAACCCGAGGAUGUGCUUGCAAGCUUGGGUCCAGAAUACAUAUCCGAAGCCCGAGCUUUGGGUGGUCGUCGUAUUGCGCAGUUUGGUGACAUCACAGGAACCGGAGUGGACCACCGUCCCAGAGGGGAGGCAGCUGAGGACUCGGAGGCCAAGAAGAACCAGAGACGUCCAGUUGUUCAGAUGUUGGAGAAGGCGGGUGUCGCAACCCUCCUGCGGCUCAUGUUCAUGCCCCUCCAAGGCAAUGCACGUCACUUGCUCAACGACAUCCUUCAUAAUGUUUGCGAGAAUCGCCAGAACCGAAGCGAGGUGAUCAGCCUCAUUUUGACCAUCCUCCAAGAUGGCAGUGUCGACUCUUCUGCGAUCGAGCGAAGUUUCUCGCACCUUUCCCUUCGUGCCAAGGCUCCUAGUGCUCAAAAGACACCCCAGUCUGUGAAACGCAACACGGCUUUCCAGCCUACAUCCACCGUCAGCAGCGAGGUCACACCGAUCAUGGUGGUUCAGCAAUGUCUGUCCACGCUAUCUUUUCUCUCCCAGUUCAACCCCCACAUUCCGUGGUUCUUCCUGACCGAACACGACUCCGCCUCAUCCCUCAAGCCCAAGGGUCUUCGCAAAGGCAAGGCCAAGGAGAACAGAGCCAACAAAUUUGCACUCAAUGCCUUGCUCUCUUUGCUCGACCGUAAAUUGAUUAUGGACAGCCCCAAUUGUAUGGAGCAGUUGUCCAACCUGCUCGGCACCAUCACUCAGCCGCUCACAGUUCUUCUCCGCCGUGAAAAGGAAAAGCAAGAAGAUCAGGACAAGGGCAAGAAGCCCGAGGGUGCACCGACGGCAGUGGAGACCAAUGAUCAGCCGAGUGCUGAAUCUGGCACCGACACAACUAUGACCGAUGCUCCUCUGCCAACUGUUGAAAAUGCCGAGGAUCAGGGCACUACCACAGAUAUGGAUGCGGCCAAAGAUGAGAGUAAGACAGAGGGAGAGCAACCUGGCGACGAAAAGCGCAAGCGUCGUUCCAUCGAGCCUCCUGUUGUGCCUGACCAUAAUUUCCGCCUGGUCGUGCACAUUCUCGCGGCUCGUGAGUGCAAUGGCAAGACUUUCCGGGACACCCUCUCGACAAUCAACAACCUCUCCGUCAUCCCGGGAGCUCGCGAUGUGAUCGGCGAAGAGCUUGUUGCUCAGGCGCAGACCCUGAGUGAUACCAUCCUUGCUGAUCUUGGAGAGCUGCUCAGCCACAUCCAUCAAGCUAAGACGGGCACUGAUAUGCAAGGUCUCGCACUAGCCAAGUUUUCUCCAGCAAGCUCUGAUCAAGCGAAGUUGCUCCGUAUUCUUACUGCUCUCGACUACCUCUUUGAUCCUUCCCGUGCCGACAAAACCAAGGUGCCUGAGCCAGAAUCGGCACCCAAAGAAGACGUAUUGAAGAGACUCUAUGAGAGCGCUACUUUUGGCCCCUUGUGGACAAAACUGAGUGACUGUCUUACCGUCAUCCGGCAGAAGGAGAACAUGCUGAACGUGGCUACUAUUCUUCUGCCUCUGAUCGAAGCUUUGAUGGUUGUCUGCAAGAACACAACACUGAAGGAUCAACCUCUUUCUCGUGGAAGCCGCGAACUAUCUGUCAACAGCGCCGCGGCAGAUGCUGGGCUGAGUAUGGAGAACCUCUUCUUCAAGUUCACCGAGGAGCACCGCAAGAUACUCAAUGAGCUAGUCCGUCAGAAUCCUCGAUUGAUGAGCGGCACUUUCUCGCUGCUCGUGAAGAACCCGAAGGUGCUCGAGUUCGACAACAAGCGCAACUACUUCACCCGCCGUGUCCACGCUCGGGGCGCUGAGCCCCGUCACUCUCACGCACCUCUCCAAUUGUCCGUCCGCCGAGAUCAGGUGUUCCUCGACUCAUUCAAGUCCUUGUAUUUCAAGUCGGCGGAUGAACUUAAAUACGGCAAGCUUAAUGUUCGCUUCCACGGGGAAGAAGGUGUUGACGCAGGUGGUGUCACACGUGAGUGGUUCCAAGUGCUGGCUCGCGGCAUGUUCAACCCUAACUACGCUCUCUUCAUUCCCGUUGCUGCCGACCGCACGACCUUCCACCCCAACCGUCUGAGUGGCGUCAAUUCAGAACAUCUGAUGUUCUUCAAGUUCAUUGGACGUAUUAUUGGUAAGGCCUUGUACGAGGGCCGGGUUCUCGACUGCCAUUUCUCUCGUGCUGUCUACAAGUGCAUUCUCGGACGCACUGUCUCUAUCAAGGACAUGGAGACGCUGGAUCUGGACUACUACAAGUCUCUUCUCUGGAUGUUGGAGAAUGACAUCACCGACAUCAUCACUGAAAACUUUGCCAUCGAGACAGACGCCUUUGGUGAGAAGCAGGUCAUUGACUUGAUUCCCAACGGCCGAAACAUUCCUGUCACCCAGGAAAACAAGGAAGAGUAUAUCCAGAGGGUGGUUGAGUACAGACUCGUUGAGUCGGUUCGGGAGCAGCUGGACAACUUCCUGAAGGGCUUCCACGAGAUCAUCCCUCCUGAUUUGAUCUCCAUCUUCAACGAACAAGAGCUGGAGCUUCUCAUCUCCGGUCUUCCUGAGAUCGAUGUUGACGAGUGGAAGAACAACACUGAAUACCACAACUAUUCGGCCUCCUCGCCACAGAUCCAGUGGUUCUGGCGUGCUGUUCGCUCUUUUGAUAAGGAAGAGCGUGCUAAGUUGCUCCAAUUUGUCACUGGCACUUCCAAGGUUCCCUUGAACGGCUUCAAGGAGCUUGAGGGUAUGAAUGGUGUGAGCAAGUUCAACAUUCACCGUGACUAUGGCAACAAGGAUCGUCUUCCCAGUGCACACACGUGCUUCAACCAACUUGAUAUUCCUGAGUACGAAAGCUACGAAGAUCUUCGCCAGCGCCUCUACACCGCGAUGACAGCCGGCAGUGAGUAUUUCGGCUUCGCCUAA